CUUUGUUUGGGUACUUUACUUUGACAUUACAAAAAUACUAAAAUAACUUCUUAGAUUGGGUUUGUCACUGCUUCGUCUUUCACAUCAGGAUGGAUCAUCAUGACUGGCAGCGAGGGAGGAGUAGAGGUCACAGGCGCUACGAUGAUGAUGAUGAGGCCCAGCCGGUCUACAUCGGUGUUCCAGUUUCCCACAGACGGAAAAGGCGCAGACAUCACUCCUAUGCCAGUGACGCUGAACGUGAAUCCCGACACUGGCACUAUGAUCACCACUCACACCGUGAACACUCCCAUCGGGGAUAUUACAACGACAGAGAGGAGCACUAUGACGAUGACGAGGGCAGUGUAGGGCGUCACGAGCACUCCAACCCCUCAGUCUCCCCUGCAGCAGAGCGUCUGCGCCACAUACUGGGGGAGGAUGACAGCACCCCGACACCCACAAUAUUCACUGAGAUGGACACACUGCAGCAUGAGGGCGGUGAAUUAGAGUGGAAAGAGUCUGCAAGGUGGGUGAAGUUCGAGGAGAAGGUGGAGGAGGGAGGAGAGAGAUGGAGCAAGCCUCACGUGUCCACGCUGACACUCCACAGCCUGUUUGAGCUCAGGACCUGUCUGCAGACAGGAAGCAUCCUGCUCGACCUGGAGGGCUACUCACUGCCACAGAUCGUGGAUGAGAUUGUGGAUCGGCAGAUAGCUGACGGUCUCAUCCCUCCGGACCUGAAGGAGAAGAUCAGCUUUGUGCUGCUCAGGAAGCACCGUCACCAGACCAAGAAACCAAUCCACCGCUCUCUGGCAGACAUAGGGAAGUCCUCCAACACUGCUUCCAACCGUAGUCCUCUGAGUCAUAGUGCUAGUUCAGCUUCUGGGAUCCACCGCUCCACAGAAGACCUACGCUCUAAGUCAAGCAGCCUUAGCCGCCUGCAUCACGCCCAGAGCCGAAGCAUGAAUGAUAUUUCAGACACACCAAGCACAGACCAGCUGAAGAAUAAGUUCAUGAAGAAGAUUCCUCGUGAUGCUGAAGCUUCCAAUGUCCUGAUCGGGGAGGUGGAUUUUCUGGAAAAACCCUUCGUCUCUUUUGUACGUUUGGCUCAAGCCACGACUCUCGGAGGCCUCACCGAGGUCCCUGUGCCGACCAGGUUUCUCUUCAUCUUGCUGGGUCCUCAUGGCAAAACCAAGUCCUACAAUGAGAUUGGAAGAGCAAUCGCUACGCUCAUGGUGGACGAUCUGUUCAGUGAUGUUGCCUAUAAAGCCAGGGAUCGUGAGGACCUGAUUGCAGGUGUCGAUGAGUUUCUGGAUGAGGUGAUUGUCCUUCCUCCAGGAGAAUGGGACCCCAAAAUACGCAUUGAACCUCCAAAGAAGGUUCCAUCGGCAGAAAUGAGGAAGUCAGUGCUGAACCUGAACGAGCUGGGUCAAAUGAAUGGCUCGGCCGGUGGGGCAGCUGGAGGAGAGGAUGAGGAGCUUCCAGCUCCACACGAGCUCGGAGAGGAGCUGAAAUUCACUGGGAGGAUUGGCGGUGGAUUAUGGCUAGACAUCAAAAGGAAGAUCCCGUGGAUUUGUAGUGACAUCUACGACGGCUUCCAUAUCCAGUCCAUCUCUGCAGUUCUCUUCAUCUACCUGGGCUGCAUCACCAAUGCCAUCACCUUUGGGGGACUGCUCGGAGACGCUACUGACAAUUACCAGGGAGUGAUGGAGAGUUUCCUCGGCACUGCUCUAGCAGGGACUGUCUUUUGUUGUUUUGGUGGGCAACCUCUCAUCAUCCUCAGCUCAACUGGACCCAUUCUCAUCUUUGAGAAACUGCUAUAUGAAUUCAGCAAAGGAAACGAUGUAGACUACAUGGAGCUGCGUCUAUGGAUCGGCCUCCAUUCGUGUCUCCAGUGUUUCCUGCUGGUAAUCACAGACGCCAGCUACAUUAUCAAGUACAUGACCCGCUUCACAGAGGAGGGUUUCUCCAGCCUCAUCUCCUUCAUAUUCAUCUCUGAUGCUAUCAAGAAGAUGGUAGGAGCUUUGAAGUAUUACCCAAUCAACCGCGGCUUUAAGCCCGACUACAUCACUGCCUACAAGUGUGAAUGCAUCGCACCAGACCAGGUAUCUGCUCUGGGCUUGAAUGUUUCAGCUCCACUCGCAGACGAUAACAUGACUCUGCUGUUUAACUUGACAGACAUGGACUGGAGUCAGCUGAGUAAGAAAGAGUGUCUGAAAUAUGGUGGUGCACUGGUGGGGAGCUCCUGUAAGUAUGUCCCCGACCUGGCCCUCAUGUCCUUCAUCCUCUUCUUCGGCACCUACUCCAUGACUGUAUCCCUCAAGAAGUUCAAGUUCAGCCGCUACUUCCCGACAAAGUUCCGAUCCCUGAUCAGUGAUUUCGCCAUCAUCAUUUCCAUCCUGGUCUUCUGUGGACUGGAUUGCCUGAUGGAUCUGGACACCCCCAAACUGCAUGUGCCCACUAAGAUCAAGCCCACACGUGCUGACCGCGGCUGGUUAGUAAUGCCGUUUGGUAAGAAUCCCUGGUGGUGGUAUGUGGCCAGCUUUGUUCCCGCUCUCCUGGUCACCAUCCUCAUCUUCAUGGACCAGCAGAUCAGCGCCGUCAUCGUCAACCGCAAAGAAAACAAACUGAAGAAAGGUUGUGGCUACCACUUGGACCUGUUCUGGGUGGGUGUGCUGAUGGCUGUGUGUUCCUUCAUGGGUCUGCCCUGGUACGUAGCAGCCACCGUCAUCUCUAUCGCACACAUCGACUCUCUCAAGAUGGAGAGUGAGUCCAGUGCGCCUGGAGAGCAGCCACAGUUCCUUGGAGUCAGGGAACAGAGGUUGACUGGCAUUCUGGUGUUCGUUCUGACCGGACUCUCAGUUUUCCUAGCUCCAGUCCUCCAGUUCAUCCCCAUGCCCGUUCUGUAUGGAGUGUUCCUUUACAUGGGAGUGGCCUCACUGAGUGGCAUUCAGUUCUGGGAGCGUAUCAAGCUGUAUCUGAUGCCACCCAAACACCAGCCAGACUUCUCUUUCCUGCGUCAUGUUCCUCUGAGACGCGUCCAUCUUUUCACCCUCGUCCAGAUCGUGUGUCUGGCUGUCCUCUGGAUCCUGAAGUCCACCUUCCUUGCCAUCAUCUUCCCAGUGAUGAUUCUGGGUCUGAUGGUCGUGAGGAAGCUGCUGGAUCUGAUGUUCUCACAACACGACUUGGCUUGGCUGGACGACAUCCUGCCAGACAAAGACAAGAAGAAGGAGGAUGACAAGAAGAAGAAGAAAAAGGCGGCAGAGCCAGAGAGCGACGAGGAGCCCAACAGCGCUGUUCCCCGUCCUGUGACGAUUCCCAUGGAGGCCAUAGCGCCCCACACAGAGCCAGUCCCUGCCCCUGUUAACCCUCCCACCCAAAACCAAACCUCUGACUGAGACGAACCCUUACUCGACAGUCAACUCCGAUCAGAACGACUUAGACCGCAGCAUCACUCUGCACCUGAAGAUCUCCUGCCCCGACUCACCUGCCCACUCCCAGACCUCCAGCCUCGCCCCCGGGGACGCUCCGUCA